AUGGUCGAAGUCAACUCCAAAGAGGAAGAAGUCGUAAUCGCCCUCGGAAGCAAUGUCGGCAACCGGAUUCGAAACUUCGAACACGCCUUACAGCGCAUGAGAAAAUCCGGCAUCCAAAUAACUCGACACGCCUGUUUAUAUGAAACAGAGCCCGCCUACGUAAUCGACCAACCCCAUUUCCUCAACUCCGCCGUUCGGGCCAACACAAAGCUCAGCCCGCAAAAGCUCUUACAAACCCUCAAAGAGAUCGAACGAGACAUGGGCCGAACAGCCGGCAUCAGGUACGGCCCACGCCCAAUCGACCUCGACAUCCUCUUCUACGGUGACCAAACUGUCGACACAGACACUCUCAGGAUCCCACACGAGAGAAUCUGGGAGAGGCCUUUUGUUCUAGGACCAUUGACCGAUGUAUUGGGCCACGACACGGAGAAUGAUGACGUGGCUCGAUUUUGGCACGACUCGUCGGGUUUUUCAGGUGGGAUUUUCGAGGCGUGGGAGAAAUCGAAAUCGGGCCCAGGUGGAAUAAUGAGGAGGGUUUUGCCAGUCGCGGGUGAAUUACGGGAUUGGUCUGGGAAAACAUGGGUCAUGGGUGUUCUCAAUGUGACCCCCGACAGCUUUAGCGACGGGGGAAAAUUCGUCGACGUGAAAUCGGCCGUCGAUCGAUCUCGGUCGAUGUUGGCUGACGGUGUAGAUAUAAUCGAUAUAGGCGCGCAAUCCACGCGGCCAAUGGCGGAAAAGCUCUCUCCCGAGCAGGAACUGAGUCGUUUGAUCCCGGUUCUUGAUGCCGUUGUGGAUUUGCCUGAAAUCGAGGGGAAGCUGAUAUCAGUCGACACUUUUUACUCGGAAGUCGCCUCGGAAGUAGCCAAACACGGCGCUAAUAUCGUGAACGAUGUCUCGGACGGGAGAUUAGAUCCCGACAUGCAUAAAGUGGUGGCGGGACUCGAAAUUCCGUACGUGGCCAUGCACAUGCGAGGGGACCCGUCUACAAUGCAGAACAGCGAGAACCUGAGUUAUGUUGAUGUGUGCGCUGACGUGGCACGUGAACUGUGUGAGUGUGUUGGGGAGGCCGAGUUAUCGGGACUGCCAGCCUGGAGGAUGAUUGUGGACCCUGGGAUUGGGUUUUCCAAAAAUACGGAGCAGAAUUUGGAUAUAGUUAAUGGGUUGAAGUAUAUCAGGGGUGAGAUUGGGAAAAAGAGGUUGGCCGUGUCACGUGUGCCCUUGUUGUUGGGUGUUUCGAGGAAGAGGUUCUUGGGUGAGAUUUGCAGCCAGCCAAAUGCGGCACAACGGGAUGCUGCUACCGUGGCUUGUGUGGCGGCUGGGGUUUUUGGGGGUGCGAAUAUUGUGAGGGUGCACAAUGUGAGGGAUAAUAGGGAUGCUGUUAGAGUCUGCGAGGCAUACCCGAUUCGACAAACAGUUUACAUGUUGAUUUUCCAUUUCUUGGAGUUGGAUAUAAAGUACUUUGACCUCGGUCUUCCUCAUCCUGAUGCCACAGAUGAUAAUAAAGUUACUAUUGAGAGUGCUGAAGCUACUCUCAAGUAUAAUGUAGCGAUUAAGUGUGCUACAAUCACUCCAGAUGAAGCUCGUGUGAAGGAGUUUGGCUUGAAGAGUAUGUGGAAGAGUCCGCAGCUCGUUUGCAGCUCGAAGUUUCAGAUCAGUAAGAAAUUAGCUUUGAUGAUAAUCCGAAGCACAGAUCACAGCUGAAGAUAUUUGAUUUCGCACUUUCAGGUGCCAGAAUCGCUUGCUCUAGAUACCAUAUUGAAUUCAAUUUUCGAGCCCACCUUCUGCAAUUUCCCAAAUUGAGGAGAGAACAAGAAAAAUGGCGCGAACGGGAAAGCAGAGCAGGUCGAGAAAACAAGAACUCGUCGGAAAAGGGAAAGUGACUCCUGUCCAGAUCGCGUUCCUCGUCGAUCGGUACCUUUCAGACAAUGAUUACGCCCACACGCGGACAACUUUCCGAUCUGAAGCCUCCAGCCUCAUCGCCAAAUCUCCAGUUCAAGAAGCUCCGAAGAGCUUGUUGAGCUUGGGCGCGAUUUUGGAAGAGUACAUAACGCUCAAGGAGCAGAAGGUUUGGGUGGACCAAGAACGGCGUCGUUUGGAACAGGAGAAGCUGCGGGUGCAGAAUUUGCUGAAUGGAAUGCAGAAUGUUAUGAAUGUUUAUAAUUCCGGUGAAAAUUCCGGCCUUACCCCGCCACAGCCGCUCCCUCCGGCAACUGCUGGAUCUGGGGCGAUGGCUUCUCAGGUGGAAGUCGAGUCUGCAAGGCCGGCGGGCCAAUGUCCCUUGUACAAUAAUCCGGCAUUGGUUUCUACAUCAAAGCCUUUGAACGUUCUAAAAGAUCCUGCAAGCUUCUCUACUCCUGGCCCACAUCAUGCCACCGCAAAAAGAAAAGAGUUGAGAGAUAUGCCCUAUUGUCCCGUGGUUUCAAAGAAAUCCCGCAAGUGCUUGAAAACCCGAGAUGGUAACUUAGUCACAAAAUCGAGCGUCACUGAAAAUAACCACGAAAAACAUCUAUUAAGUUCUUCUACAGUUCAGUCUUCUGGUUUUGAUAAUGCUCCUAAUGCGUCACAAGUUCAAGGGUCAAAUGUGGUAAAAUGUCUGUUUAAUCAUGAAGCUCUUUCUUCUCCAGCUAAUAAGUCCUCUGUACCUAAAACACCCACACGAGCAUCUUUAUCCCAAACUGAAAAUUCCAGUUCUCCGAUAGAAGUUUGUUCGACUUCUACUCAGCAGGUUAUGUCUGCUAACUGCAUGAUAAUAUCUUCGGAAACUAUUCGAGUAAGCCCCAACAAGCAAAUAUCGUAUUACUCGAUAGAGAAAAAUCAAAUUACUUGUUCUCCGCUCAAAACAAACAUGAAGGGUUCUAGCACGAAGAAGGGGCAUGUUAAGGGGAGAUUAGAUUUUGGAUCUUCUGAUCAAAUGCCAACAAUCACAGAGAACCAAAGCCCAAACGGGACUUCAACGUCUGAAUCCGAGGAAGGAGAUUUUCUUGAUUUGGACUUGGAUGCUUUAGGCUUGGACUUUAAUCUCUCAGAAUUUCUGAUUGACAUAGAUAUGACAAGUGAAGGAUUGGGUUUGUCCUCGAAGCAGGUUUUGGAUUCUUCUCCUGAUUGCAAUUCAUGGUCACCUUCUAAAUCAGUCAAUGUUGAAAUGGGAUCUAGACAAGUCAAAUCUGAUUUUUCAUCGAGCAAGGCUGGAUUUAUUGAAGAAAAGGAUACAAGUUUGCUCGGUUCGGAUUCUGUUGCUGCCAUGCGAUCGAUUACUAAACGUAUCACGAUCGUUAGUCCUGUUAAAUGUCAGAGAAGCAAUUUUGGACAAGAGAAUGUCUAGUUAUAUACUGACAAAUUGAAUAUAUGACGUGAUUCGAUUUUCCAGAAGUGAUUUAAUUGGACUGCAUUUGUGUAAAUGCAAUAUAGAAUUAGUUGUACACUUCUGAAUUUCAACAUCAGUACAUUAAAAAUACUCAGGCACACUAAUGAACUUUGUAUUCGUUUCGAUUUGAAAUGAAGCUGAACUCAACUGUCUAAUUGACUGCUCAAUGAUGUUUUAAAAUAUUAAAACACAUUUUUCAAUCAGGAAUUGGAACAUAUAUCCGGAGCUUAGUCUUCAGACAAAUAUCUCUGCAGAUUGUCUAUUUCAUCUGGGCUCCCGAUGAAUAUUGGUGUACGCUGUAAAAUUACCGUGGACUCAUCAUCGUCUAUGUCUAAUAAGCACUGCUUUUCUGGGCCGUAGAUUCUGAAAAUCGAGCCUGUUGUCAAGCUAGUGUCGAUAUUUGCCGAGCAUCAAUUGGGUCAAAAACGACAAUGUAGUUUCCCGAGAAUGUCUCCUCUACUGCAACUGGGACUUCCUCUUCCUCCGAAGCUAUAAUACCCGUUCGGCCACUCGAUCUCAGACAGCCACAAAACAGCUGUUCAAUGACGUCAAGCUUCUUCUGAUCUUCGCCUUGGACGUUAAUGGUGCCGUGGGCCCCGGUUAGGUUGAUUAUGCUGGACCUUUGGAGAAGAGAGGCUAUCUGCUUGUAGGCUAGUGAGAAGCUUGAUAAGACAAUUGUGAGCUCGGCAUCUAUGUGGCCCGAGCUCUCUUUCUUUAGGAGCCAUGUGGUGAGGUUCUCGAUUUCGUAUCGGCUUUUUUACUUGGUUUGGGGCUCGGUUUGAGGUUUGGGGGCUGUGGUCUCGAUUUCGAUGGCUUUACAACUAGUUCUGAGUCGGGAGCUGCCGGUAGUUGCCGGAAUUGUAUGGCGGCAGACGGAGUUCGGUUGGCAGUGGUUUGUGGGGAGGGAGGCAGACCGGAGAUUGUUCCACCGAAAAGUGUGAACUGCUUCAGCCAUUUACUCUGUGUGUGCGUGUGUGUUUUGUUGAGUUUGUGAAAUUGUGACUUGUGAGUGAUGGUUGGACCUGCUUAUCUUCUUUGCAAGUGCCAAUUGUGUGGACCUGAUUCAUGAGAGGUGAAAUUUAGUUAGUGUCCUGAAAUAGAUGAUCUAUAAGUUUAAACCAAGGUAUUAUUAUGAUUUUGUGGUGCUCUAGGGAUCUAAACUGAGCUAAGCUCGAGCUCCUCAUAUUCGAGCUUGGGAUCAAGAUGAGCUUAGCUUGGUAAACGAG